GUUAAGAUUAAUAAGAUUUCUAAAAAUGUUGAUUUUCAUCGGAACUCUGCUAAUUUCAGCGAGUCUUUGAGUCAAUGCAAGUGUAGAAAAACCUCAAAAGCCAAAGGUUAGAGGUCUGAAGGAGUUCUUAAGUAGUGGGCAUGAAGUUAUUACCACAGGUUUGAUCCCAGCAGAUGAGAAGACAAGAUUUUUUGUAAUUGGAGAUUUCGGGAGUUUCACAAAGCAUUUUGGAUUACAAAAAUCAGCUCAAAUGAUGGAAGGCUUAGCUUCCAGAAAGGAGUUUUCUCAUAUUAUUACUGUAGGAGACAACUUCUACAUGAAUGGGAUACCAGAUAUAAAUCAAUUGUGGCAUCCUCAAUCAAUUAUGGAAGUAUUCAAUGGUCCACACGCAAGUCUUUUACCAUUUUAUGCAACUCUAGGGAAUCAUGACUGUUAUUCUGACUACCAUAAUGAGAUUCUCUUUAGUGAUUAUAACAGACAAUGGCAAAUGCCAAGUGAUUAUUAUGAACUUAUUACUCCUCUUAAAGAUAAUUCAGGUAAAUAUUUUGUGAAUCUUAUGCUCAAUUCCUGAAAAUUAAUGUGUUUUGAUGAUAAAUGGGCUGGAAAAUAUUGCAAAAAGAUGAAUACUGGUAGUGGCUCUGAAGCAGUACUAGAACAUUACAAAUGGCUAGAAGAGAAAUUACAAAAAUAUAGCAUGGAAGACUCCACUGCAUGGCUAGCAGUGACAUUGCAUCAUCCUCCUUUCUUAGAAAAUGCUCUGAAAGAGCAUUUUCUACCUCUUAUAAGAAAAUACAAAGUUGAUUUUAUCUUUACAGGCCACCAACACUGGGCUGAUUAUGCCAACAUGGAUCCAGAUUACAUCACAAGAUUCCCUCCUGAGGAGCCACAAGUAAUCAACAAUUGCUCUAAAGCCAAAGAGUUCCUCUUUAUUGAAAACAGAGAUCAUACUUUCUAUAAAGGAGAAAAACUCCAUCAAAUCCUCAGUGGAAAUGGAGGAACUUUCCUCAGAAAAAUCUGCCCUAUCAAGGAGCAGGACGGAGACCUUUACUUUAGGAAUAAGGGUUACAACGGAGUUGUGGCUGUUGAAGCUACUAAAGAGAAAGUCACAAUCUCAUAUCACAGAGAUGUUAAUGAUAUUGUCUACCAGGUUAAUGUUAUCAAUCCGUAGAUUUCAAUCUGA